CCGAUCGGGUGCGGGCUCUGCCCUGCGGGACUGCAGCCCUGGGCAGCGGGAACGGGAAGGGAGCAGGCGGGGCCGGGGGGAACUCUUCUUAAAUGUCAUACUUUAAUGAGGAUGGAAAAUGUGAUUUUUCUGUACGUUCCAGAUAAAAUUCCUUGGGGUGGUGACCUUUAGCAGCGAUUCUCUUAAGAGAGGAAAGUAGUCCAGUGUUUAUCUGCACGCCCGAGAGCUUUCCCUAGUGGAAGUUUAUGGAAGUGUUAAAGGGGGCGGAGGCGCUUGUCCAAUGAUCUGGAGGGGCUUGGAGCGGAGACCUCAGCUGGGAGACAUUUAAAUGGGAGACAGCUCGGCGCUGCUGCAAUUUGUAGGCAGGAUCCCAGCCUCGCCCUCUAUGGACUGCCGGGUGGCUGCGGGCUCCCACGCCUCCCGUUCUGCCGAGUGACCCGCAGCAUUCAGUCCCGCUGCGCCCCGCCGAGGAGCCGCCGCCAAGCCGGGCUCCCGAGGAGCCGCCGACGCCGCGCAGGCGCGGGGAUUGCAAAAGCUUCCCAUCUCCGCCUACAGCAUCACUCCCAACAAAUUGGAUGCGGCGCCCACCCGACUCACGGCGAAAUCCCGGCCCGGCCUCUGCGCGGAGCGGGUCGAGGGCAGCUCCAGGUGCCGGACUCGCCGUUGCCCGCCCUGGCCCGUUCCAUCCCGUCCCGUUCCUCCGAGCAACCCCGCUCCGCGUCCCCCCGGACAGGUGGCGUGAGCCGUCGGGGCCGCGCAGAGCAGGCGGAGGCACAAGUUGCGCGCUCGCGGGCGACUACGCGCGUCCUCGGGCGGGAGGAGCGGCGGCGCCUCUGCCGUGCGCAGCGCCACUUUGCUCCUCGCCGGCUUUGCUCCGCCGCCCCGAAGGCUCCGGCCGUCCUUCUGCCGCAGCGCUCCCCGCUACUGAGAGGCCUCGUCCUGGCGGAGCUGCCGGCCUCGACGUCGGGGCCGCCCUUGCCGAGCGGGACGUGAGCCCUACCGGCGUGGACGCGGCGAACGAGCCGUUUCAGUGCGACCCCUCGGGAUCUGGGGGAGAGGCUGGCCGGCACCCGCGGAGAGGUCCCUGCCGGUGCCGUCACCGCUCUGCGGGGAGCCCGGCCGGGCAGGCGGCCUCCCUGACUCGACGGGAGCGCCGCGACGGCGGGGUGGCAAAGUACGCGGCCCUGCGUAUCCCGCACCCCGCUCCUGGGGGCCGCUGCAUCCUGCCAGCUGCCGGUGCGCUGCCCGCGGUUCCUCGCUGCGGGGCGGGGGAAGGCUCCGCAGGAGGCGGCGGGCGCCGGGCUCGCGCCGAAGUCUCCGCUCGAGACAGGGUGCGGGGCCCCCUCGGGUCUCAGACAGCGCGCACGGCCGUGUCCUGUCUCUCUUCCUGGGGGUUCAGUCCCAAACUGUGCUAAAGCGCUUGCUGUUCUCCCGGUGAGGUUGUGUAGAAAUGCGUGGCGUUUUCCGAGACGUUUCUUCGUGUCGCUGCACAGCACUGUUCCCAAGGCCCGGUGAGCAAACGUUUCCGGAGCGACUGCGCUCUCGUAGUGUAGCUGGCAGCUGCGGGGCCGCCCCGACGUACGUUGGUACCGCCGUGCGCACGCCGUGUGCUGCCGCUUGCGUCCCCUGCAGAGAGAUACCUCUCCAGAAGAGGUUUCUCCGUUCUUGAUUUUUUUUUUUUUUUUUUUUUUUUUUUUUGCUCCUCGUGGUGCUGCCCACACGAGUUAAGCGGCUCGAAAAAGGAAACUGUGACUCACGUGAAGGAAUUAUUGGAAAUGUAAAUGUACCUAAACUCUACCAAAGAGCCAUAUUAGCUUUGCCAUCUUGGUCUGAAGAAAAAAAAUUAAAAUGGUUCUGUGGGAACUGCUGUUGUUUUGCCUUCUUGUAUAUUUAAAAAUACAGAUCUAUAACUAUGAAAACAUUACAUAAGACUAUUUCUGUAAUUCAUAUGUAAUAAA